CUAAAUUUGUGGACAGAGUACUCAUAUAAGCAAACAAUUAUUAAAAAUAAGCAAGCAAGAAAGAAAAAGAAUCGAAAAAUGAAGUAUCAAGCGGUAGUAGCAUUAGCCUUGGUGGUUACAAUUUCCGUGACGGCGGUUAACGGCGACGAUAACCUUAUCCCUCCUCGUCGGGAAGUAUACGACAAUGGAAAAAUCUUCGAUAUCACUCACAGGUAUCAACCAGACAUGCCAGCUUUUGAGACUAACGAUGGCAUCGGUCAAUUCUUGUGGCUUCCAAAAAGCAUGAAGAAUGGUUCCAUCGCUAAUAACUCUGAAAUGAAGCUUCCGACUCAUACUGGUACUCAUGUUGAUGCCCCUGGACAUGUCUUCGAUCAUUACUUCGAUGCCGGUUUUGAUGUCGAUUCUCUCGACUUGCACGUCCUCAAUGGUCCUGCUCUAUUAGUUGAUGUUCCAAGAGAUUCUAAUAUAACUGCUGAAGUUAUGAAGUCUUUAAAUAUUCCCAGAGGUGUAAAGCGUGUACUCUUCCGAACAUUGAAUACCGACAGGCGGCUUAUGUUUCAGAAGGAAUUUGACUCAAGCUAUGUGGGAUUCACUGUGGAUGGAGCAAAAUGGCUAGUGGAGAACACUGAUAUCAAACUUGUUGGUAUUGAUUACCUAUCUGUUGCUUCUUAUGAUUACUUGAUUCCAUCUCACCUUGUGUUUUUAAAAGACAGGGAAAGCAUUCUCGUUGAAAGCCUGAAACUUGAUGAUAUCCCACCAGGAUUAUAUUCAGUCCAUUGCUUACCUCUUCGGUUGGCUGGUGCUGAGGGAUCACCAAUAAGAUGCAUUCUAAUCAAGUAUUAGGGUAUGUGUGAUUUUGAGGAAGCAGUGCUGUCUCAGAAUCCAUGGGAGGAGUGGAUCAUCAUUGAUGUAUGUAUGUCUAGAGCAGGAGGUAGAGAGAUGAAGCAAUCUAUCAGCACUACUUUGAAUAUAGUUUUAUUUUGCUUGUUGAACCAAAUAAAUAGCCGCAAUGGUGUCCUUAUGGAGCUAGAUAGUAACAAUAUCGCACUUUAACUUUAGUGGCAAAUGUUUACCUUACACUUAUUAGAAACAUUAAAUAUGUUGGGUCAAAAAAAAAAAAUUAAAUAUGCA